GGGAACUUCACACUUUGCAUGUUUUAAUUUAGCAAUAGAGUACUUUUAUUAGCUUCAUGCUCGCAACAUGGGACUUAUGUGUAGGACGUAUGGCUUUUUUGAUAGAGUGAACGACUGUAGAUAAUUUAACCUGUUCACGGUUAUUACUUUUUUUCUUAUUUUAGUUGUUUUAAAACAGUGGAUGAUUCGGCCUUGAGACAGUGACAUGCAGGGAACAGAGGGGGCAUUAGGAGGUCCUGAUGUUAGAAGGAGGAUACCCAUCAAGCUUCUCCCUAAACAGGCUAGAAGUAAGUGUUUUCAUAUUUCCCUCAUAGAUACACGGAGACCUUGGAGUUUCAACUCAUUGCCCAAUGCAAUUCAUACUGUGUGCAUCGUUGUCUGGAAUAGUAACAUCUAUAUCAUUUUUCUCGUAACAGAAAGCUUUGCCUACAAGCAGGAGGAGAGGUUUGACUGUGGGGUAAAAUCAGGAGAUGCUUAUGCUAAUCAGCGGCGAUAUCCCCAGCCAUUUUUUUGGGAUUAUAAGCUUAAUCUGAUUGGUGAAAAAGAUGAAACUCCUAUUCAUUUUUGUGACAAGUGUGGUCUCCCCAUUAAGACUUAUGGACGCAUGAUUCCAUGUAAACAUGUUUUCUGCUAUGAAUGUGCAGUACUUCAUGAAAGGAAAGGUGAUAAAAUGUGCCCAGGUUUGACUUUGUAUAGCUGUACAGACCCAGUUCAGCGGAUUGAACAGUGUCAGCGCGGCUCUCUUUUCAUGUGCAGCAUCGUUCAGGGCUGUAAACGUACCUACCUCUCACAGAGAGACUUGCAGGCCCACAUCAACCACCGCCACAUGAGAGCGAGCAAGACUUCAGCAGGCCGCUCUGACCCUCACCAUCUUCCUGGCUCUGACGUUUCAGAGCGUUUCCGUGUGCCCCCUACUCACAUGCCCAAACCCCAUGUGCUCAUCCCUCCCCCUCUUCCACACGCCACUCAUGACCCCUACACUCAGCCACCUCCUGCCUCUCAUGAUGACCUCCGGCCCCCUCCUGGCCAGGCUCCUACAUCCGACAUGGGGCCUCCUCGCUCUCUCGCUCAGGAGACAUUCCGCAUUACUACAGUGACCACACGGAAGCAUAGCAACCUCAUCACCGUCCCCAUUCAGGAUGAUUCAGCAAGCUCUGCCUCCCGUGAGCCUGUGAACGCCCCGUCACAUCACCACCCAGGAGAAUAUCCAGGGCAGCCUGUGGUUUCCCACCCACACCACAUGAUGGCUCCACCUCAGCAGCGCUACGGGCCUCCACCUCCUCCACCCCCAAUCACUCAUCCAAUGCAGCAUCCAGCACAGGUCUUUAGCCAAGCCCCUCCUCCACCUUUGUCCUCAGUUCCUCCUCCUAUCACCCCUCCUCCUGGACACCUCAUGAGUCAGUUGCCACCGUACAUGAACCAUCCUCCACCUGGCCCUCCACCUCAACACGCGGGUCCAGUAAAUGCCCCACCACCACACCAUUACAAUCCUCAGUUCUCUGAGGAUAAAGGUACCCUUAGCCCACCAUUCAACCAACCAGGGGGACUCAGUCCUGGGAUGUGGCCUGCUCCCAGAGGACCUCCUCCACCCAGAAUGCAGGGUCCUCCUCCACAGGGACAGAUUCCAGGACCUCAUCAUCCGGACCAGGGCCGGUAUAGACCCUAUUACCAGUAGAAUGAUUUUUGUUGAUAGCUUUGAAUAUUGAUCUCAUAAAUGAGUCUGUGGUAGGGGUUUGGAACUCUGUAUAGUUGAGUUAGAGUAUAAAAUAGGACUGCGUAUGUUUGAAGACUUUACCAUUAAUUUCUGAUAUCAGAACAUAUUCCUUUAAUUAUGGCCAAUAUUUUGGAUUUAAAAAAUGAAUUUGGCAAAAUUUUUAAAAAUUUGUUGAAUGUGUUACUUCAUGAAUGUAUUAUGAAUUAAACACUUAAUAAGGA